GUAGUACAAAAUCAUAUGAUUCAUAGUGCGGAAAAACUAUCACAUUAUCAUUGGAUCGUUAUUCUAUUCCUACCAAAUGCGUCGAUAGAUCGAUCAUGCAUCGGAUCCAAGCCUCCAAUCCACCAUUCCAGCAUUCAGGGUCGUGGUUUUCCAAAUCCUCCUCUCCUAUAAAACCUUAUAUGGAUCUUUUUUUUACCUAUUUUUGUAAUUUUUUUUUGGAAAGCAACUUUUUUUUUUUGUAAUUUAGAGUAGUGGCUGUAACAUCCCAGACCUUUUCCUGACGAAGAUACUGUCCGUUUUGGGCCUCGACCUUCACGGUUUUCGACUUGGGGUGCAAUUCAAGGUGACUUCCCAUAAGGUCACCCAUCCUUGUUGUUGAGCACGUUUAACUUCGGAGUUUUCACAAGAACUCAUCAAUUUCGCCCCAAAACGCUUCUUGUUACUUAAUGUCAGUUUCUUACUUAUGAACCAUAGAUCUCUCCCGUAUUUUGUCGAUGCAGGAUUUGAAUAAGUUGUUACACUAGCUUUCAGUCUGGAGAAAGGAGAAGUAGCUUUUAGAAGAAAUAAAAAGUGAGGGUAGUAAUGAGGAAAAGGCCAAAAUGAAGGGCGAAUGCAGAGGGAAUUUUGAUCUGUUCUGUUCUGACACAACAGGAAAAAAUAAAAUAAAAUAAAAUAAAAAAGAGAAUAUAAUUGAAUUCGAAGUUUCCGUUUUCUCCCUGCAAUUCCCUCUUCCUCCCUUCUCCCCAUUCUCCCUCCCUCCUCUCUGCAACAGUAAUAACAAUGGCGUCCUGACUGAUUUCGGCAGGAAAAAUAAUAGAGAUAUGGCUGCCAAUGCGACUGUCAGAGCUUCUGUCAGACAGUUACAGAGUCCUUAUUCCCAUCCUUCAUUUUCUGCUUCUUCGUCUACCACUUCUUCCCCUGCUGCUUCUCCUUCCUCCUCCUCCUCUUCUUCCUAUUCUUCUGCUAGAAACGGAAACGGGAAUGGAGCUUCUCAAAAACAGCAGCAGCAGCAGCAGCAGCAGAGCAAUGGUUCGUCUGUCACUGUCAGGAAUAAGGCUCCUUCCGGCGCUGCCACCGGCAGCCGCCGCUCCGUCACUCCAACUACUUCCCAUUCUCAGCGCUCGCCUUCGCUUUCCUCGUCGUCUUCUCACCACAACAAAGACAAUGAAUCUGGGAGAGUAAGACUUGCGGUUAGAUUGCGGCCCAGAAGUGCAGAGGAGGUCAUUUCAGAUGCCGAUUUUGCUGAUUGUGUUGAACUCCAACCAGAGCUGAAGAGGUUAAUGUUAAGGAAAAACAACUGGAGUGCUGAGUCGUACAAAUUUGAUGAUGUUUUCACAGAAACGGCCUCUCAAAGGCGUGUAUAUGAAGCUGUUGCAAAGCCUGUUGUUGAGAGUGUAUUGAGCGGAUACAAUGGCACGGUUAUGGCUUACGGUCAAACGGGUACUGGGAAAACUUAUACCAUUGGCAGAAUGGGAAAGGAUGACGCAGCUGAGCGGGGCAUCAUGGUUAGAUCUUUAGAGGAUAUACUAUCUGGUACUAGCUCUAGCUCUGAUGUCGUGGAGAUCUCUUAUUUGCAGUUGUACAUGGAAUCCAUACAAGAUUUGCUCGCACCUGAAAAAGUCAAUAUCCAUAUCAACGAUGAUCCAAAGACUGGAGAACUGUCUAUACAUGGUGCUACAUUGGUUAAACUCCGCGAUCUUGAUCAGUUUUUGGAGUUGAUGCGAAUAGGGGAAGCAAACCGUCAUGCAGCUAACACAAAACAAAAUACAGAAUCUUCACGUAGUCAUGCAAUUUUGAUGGUCUUUGUACGCAGAUCUGUUCCUCAGAAAUCAGAAGAUGGAAUUGGUGUGGUGCCUAAUCUACCGCGAGGAAAUGACCUUUGUAAAGUUAGAAAGAGCAAGAUGCUAAUUGUUGAUCUUGCCGGUUCUGAAAGGAUAGACAAAUCAGGCAGUCAAGGUCACUUACUCGAAGAGGCAAAGUUCAUUAAUCUUUCUCUCACUUCCCUUGGGAAAUGUAUAAAUGCUUUGGCUGAGAACAGUCUGCAUAUACCUACAAGGGACUCGAAGUUGACUAGAUUACUGUGUGAUUCUUUUGGAGGUUCUGCGAGGACCUCACUAAUUGUAACAAUCGGCCCAUCUGCACGACACCUUCCAGAGACCAGUAGCACAGUUAUGUUUGGACAACGGGCAAUGAAAAUUGUAAAUAUGGUGAAACUUAAAGAAGAGUUUGAUUACGAACGUCAAUGCCGGAAGCUUCAGAUACUGGUAGACCAGCUGACCGUGGAAAUAGAAAGGGAGAAGAAGUUGAGGGUUAGCGAAAGGUAUGCUUGUGAAAGGCAGGUUAAUGAAUGUCGGGACUCUUUAAAGAAUGUUGCAAUGAAAUCUGAGUUCUUGGAGAAGGAGAAGACUCAUAUGGAGGUUCAGAUAAAGGACAUCGUGAAUGAAUUGGACAACCAAAAGGCACAAAAUGGUGGACUGUGUGAUAAGGUGGCACAGCUGGAAAUGAGGUUGAGGCUUAGCCAGCUAGAAAAUUCGACAUAUCAAAAAGUGCUUGCUGAAACCACACAAUUGUACGAGGAGAAAAUAGCAGAGUCUAAAAAGCAGCUCGAAGACAAACAUGAUUCACAUGAAAGUGCUAAGGAAGAACUAAAUAUGAUGAAGGAACUCCUAAAUGACCGUCAUACAUCAAUAAGGCAACACGAGAUGGAAAGCUCUACGUAUCAGAAGGCACUUGGAGAGACCACUCAGAUGUAUGAGAAGAGAGUAGAGGAGUUAAUCAAGGAGCUUGAAGAGGAGCGUGCUCGUACUUCCAAUGCCGAGAAACAAUUAGAGAUGACUAACAAGCUCCUAACUGAUUGCAAAAAGUCAAUUCAGAAACAUGAGGCAGAAAACUGUUCGUUCCAGAAAGCACUUGCAGAAACUAAAGAACUGUACGAGAAGAGAAUAGCAGAGCUAAUCGAGCAACAAGAUGAUGAGAAGGCUCAUUUGAAGGGAGGAAAACCUCUGAGCGAUCAGCAGAACGUAAUGCAGUCUAGAGUUAGUACUGAUUCGUGUAUAAUACAUGAUAUCGAUGAUAUGGACGAAUCCCGGAUAAAGAUUGAAGAAGUGUCACACCUUAAUGCGAGCACUAAAGCUGAGCUUGAAUCCUUGAAGUCUGAUUAUGAAGACGUCUUACAAGGAAAGGCAAGAUUAAAUGAAGAACUUCUGGAAGUGAAGCAAAGACUUGAAAUGGAAGAGAAGCAAAGGAAGAAUGUUGAAAACGAACUGGCUAAAUUGAAGAAGAGCGAACCUGAAAUUGAAAAUUGCUCUGAGGAUACGUCAUCCAUGAAGGAAAAUAUUGGUAAACCCUCUUCAGCAAAUAAACUUCCGGCAGGAUUACACAAGUCAGGCCCUCUACGUGAAACACUUUCAGGUCAGAGAGCAUCUAUUGCAAAGAUGUGCGAGGAAGUUGGGCUUCAAAAGAUAUUGCAGCUAUUGGCAUCAGAUGAUCCUGAUGUUCAAAUCCAUGCUGUGAAAGUGGUUGCUAAUCUUGCAUCUGAAGACAUAAAUCAAGAGAAAAUUGUGGAGGAAGGAGGUUUAGAUGCCUUGCUUAUGCUGCUGAAAUCUUCGUUGAACACAACUAUCCUUCGAGUGACUUCUGGGGCCAUUGCCAACUUAGCAAUGAACGAUUUGAAUCAAGGAUUGAUAAUGAGCAAAGGUGGUGCUGAGCUACUGGCAGAGACAGCAACUAGAACAGACGACCCACAGACCCUCAGAAUGGUAGCCGGUGCCCUUGCCAACUUAUGUGGAAAUGAGUCAUUACACUUGACGUUGAAGAAAGAUGGAGGCAUAAAGGCACUCUUAGGGAUGGCCAAGUGUGGAAACACCGACGUAGUUGCACAGGUCGCCAGAGGAAUGGCCAAUUUUGCGAAAUGUGAAUCCCGAGCCACCCUUCAAGGGCACAGGAAAGGGCGUUCACUUCUGAUGGAUGAAGGUUCUUUAGAGUGGCUGAUCGCUAAUUGUAGCACACAUUCGACUUCUACGAGACGCCAUGUUGAGCUCGCCCUCUGUCAUUUAGCACAAAACGAAGGGAAUGUCAAGGAGUUUGUAUCCGGUGGAGGGUCCAGAGAACUGGUCAGAAUAUCGCACGAAUCUGCCAGAGAAGACAUUCGCAGCCUUGCCAGGAAGACUAUGAAAAUGCAUCCGCCAUUACUGUAAAAAGUAAAAAGAUACUGAUCUCAUCUCAUCAUGCCAGAAUAUCUCAUCUCACAAUUAGCAGCUUCUCUGUUCUAUAGCUUUCCUUUUCUGGCUGAGUAAUUUUAAUCCAAUGUUCUCAUUCAGGAAAUUUUACCAGUAUGGUAACAUUAUGACUGAAAUUUUGUUAACUGUAUAUGAAAGAGCUAUGUAAUGGGGAUAUAAACCUCACAUACUACUCUUCUGAUUCUCACUUGGGAAAACUUGAAAGAUACAGUAACGAAAGAACCGAGAUCUAUCCAUUUGAACUAGAGGAACAGACUAAAAAGGUAAUGGGCAACCAAAUCAGUUGUCCGGAGUGGCAGCUCCUUGGUUGAGCUCCGCAAAUCUCAUCCCAACACGCAUUGAAUGCUUCAAGAACUUCUCGGCACAUCUCGUCACACAAGUUUCCUCCUGCUUCUUGAGAGAUUUGCGGGUGAAGUCAUCCACGCAGUCGGUGAAGCAUCUCUCCACAAGCGAGUUGUACAUCUUCAAACUGCAGGAGGCAAAACAUCAAUUUGGUGGCGGCGAGAACAGAACUUAAAAGCAAAUUGGUGGGGGUGAUUUAUCAGUAGAUGACUAAGAAGAGAAGAGAACCAGGCGAGAAUAGAAAACCAAGUAAACCGCAGAUUUGAAUGUUGUUCCCAAAACGUCCAAUUGCAGCAGAGAUUGCUGCAUUGGUUUUUAAAGGAGAACAUACACAAUCACUCUGGCUUCACUCCACCGAAAAUGUCACCAGAAAUUCAGAGAACUAUCUCUCUGCGACAUCUCCGAACAUCUCUCAGAUGUGAAGCUUAGCUAAAUCAAGAAGCACAAGGACUCAAGGGAUCUUAUAGACAUGAACUUUUCCCCCUAGAUGGGGUUGUUUCCUAACAGAGAUUACCUUCUUUGCAACCCAUCUUCUCACCUACAAUUUACACCCAAGAACCCGCCGAGAACAUAAAAAAUAUGUGAAAACCUCAGUAGAAAAUGUUGUUCCCAAAACGUCCAAUUGCAACAUAGAUAGAUAGAUGCUGCAUCGGUUUCAAAGGAGAACACAUCAUAAUCACUCUGGCUCCACACCACUGAAAAUGUCACCAGAAAUUCAGAGAAGCAUCUUUCAGAGACAUCUCCAAACAACAUUGAUAGAUAUGUGAAGCUGAUCUAAAAAUCUAGAGGUCAUUCUGGUCCAAAGGACAUUCUACUGAAACGCUACGAAAUCCCCCUCCCGCAAACACCAAAACUGUUAAUAAUCAUAUGAAUACCAGAGAGCGAGAGCAGAAACGUUCAACCAAAUCAAAAUUUCGCCCCAAGAAACAAGUACUUAAUCGGAUACUAGAGCGAAACCAGCAGAAAGGUCCAUCUCCAUUCUCCUCUAGGACUGAAAAUCUCAAUACUACGACUACAAAACUCAAUGAGAGAAAGGGAGGAAGAAUGUAGCGGGGAUAACCUGUCGCGGAUUUGGAGCUGGUCGAUCAUGGAGGCCAUUCGCAUCUUGUCUUCCUCGGGCAUACCUUCCAGCCCAGCGAGCAUAUUCUUGUCCAUCUCGGAAGGAUUUUUCCGACGUCCCCGCUCUCGGAGGAAGAUCGCAAGACGAUCGCGAAAGUUGCUUCUCCCGGCUGGGCGGAGGAGCUGAUCAGAGAGGUUGCAAGGGAGGGAGAGAGGUUUAUCAGCCAAGAUUUAGGGUUUACACAACUUUCUCCCUUUUGUACUUAUGGCUUUAUUGUCGACUGCAAAACGGCAAAGCCUUGGCUAGAUAUCCACGUGGGAUCCGAUCACCGAUGGUUAACGACUCGAUCUCUACUCUCUACCCAACCCAACCAACCCGGUCAGGGGCAUCUUGGUGUAAAUAAUGAUCAGAUAUAUGA